UUUUACUAGGGUUAUAUAUAGAGAUAUGAACACUGAUAAUUUCCCUAUUAACGACAGAUUCCUAAACUAGUUGGAUCCAAGUUAAGUUCUUGCUCUCGUCUCAUCUACGAUCGUUUAAGUUGUUGCGAAUCAAAGUGAAUUCUGUCAAUUCGAAUCAAAACUAAUUGUCAAAAAAAUGGCCGAUUUUUUAGAUUCAGAAGCAGAAGAAAGCGAGGAGGAAGAGGAAUUAGACGAUAAUGAAAAGAAAAAAUUGAAGAAAAUAAAAGCUGUGGCAGAAAGUGAUGAAGAAGAGGAGGAAGAUGAUGAAGAUCGUUUACGUGAAGAACUUAAAGAUCUCAUUGAUGAUAAUCCUAUAGAAGAAAGUGAAGGAGAAGACAGUGAUGCUUCUGGAGCAUCCAAAAAACGUAAAAAGAGUGAUGAUGAAGAUUUUGAUGAUCGUUUAGAAGAUGAAGAUUAUGAUUUGAUAGAAGAGAAUUUGGGAGUUAAAGUUGAAAGAAAACGUUUCAAACGCCUUCGUAGGAUUCAAGAUGAAGAAUCAGAGGAAGAACAAGAAAAGGAAGUGGAUGAUGAUAGAGAUGCUAUUGCAAAUGAACUUUUUGAAGGCUCUGGUGAUGAAAGAGAGAUUACUAUGGAAGAUGAGAGGAGAAGUGAACGCAGUCAUAGACCUGAGGUGGAUACAUUUGAUGAAGAAGGAAGCGAAGGAGAAUAUACCGAUGCGGAUGAUUUUAUCGUUGACGACGAUGGUAGGCCAAUUGCAGAAAAACGAAAGAAGAAAAAACCAAUAUUUUCUGAUGCAGCAUUACAAGAAGCACAAGAUAUUUUUGGUGUUGAUUUUGAUUAUGAUGAAUUUGGUAAAUAUGGUGAAGAAGAUUAUGAGGAAGAUGAAGAAGAAGAAGAAGAAGAGGAAGAUGAAUAUAUGGAUGAUGAAGAUACCGAAAGACCACGAAGACCGAAAAAACAACUGAAAAAGAAAACAACGAGAAAAAGUAUAUUUGAAAUUUAUGAACCGAGCGAACUUAAACGUGGUCAUUUCACCGAUAUGGAUAAUGAAAUACGAAAUACAGAUAUACCGGAAAGAAUGCAACUUCGUACUAUUCCUGUUACUCCAGUUGCGGAGGGUUCCGAUGAGUUAGAUCUAGAGGCAGAAUGGAUUUAUAAACAAGCUUUUUGUCGACCAACUAUUUCAAUUCAAGAUGCACAUUUAAAUGCCGAAGCUAAAGAAAGGGCUCGAAAGGGGCCUCAAACGAUCGGUAAAAUUAAAAAAGCUUUGGAUUUCAUGCGAAAUCAACAAUUUGAGGUGCCUUUUAUAUCAUUUUAUAGAAAGGAAUAUGUUUUACCGGAAUUAAACAUUAACGAUCUUUGGAAAGUAUAUAAGUUUGAUGCGAAAUGGUGUCAACUUCGUCAAAGAAAAGAAAAUUUAUUAAAAUUAUUCGAUAAAAUGAGAAAUUAUCAAUUAGACGAAAUUAUGAAAAAUCCUGAUGCUCCUUUACCAGAUAACAUACGAUUGAUUAAAGAUGAUGACAUAGAACGAUUGAAAAACGUACAAACUAGCGAAGAAUUAAACGAUGUUUAUUAUCACUUCAUGUUAUAUUAUAGUCAUGAAAUUCCAACGAUGCAAGAAGCUGCUCGUCAGAAAGAGAAAAAAGCACGCAAGGAAGCCAAGAUUCAAAAACGAAAACAGCAAAUUGCUGGCGCCGAAGAAAAUGGAGAAGAUCCUCCAGAAGAAGAAGUAGAUGUAGAAGAAGAAGAGGAAGCGGAUGAAACAUUGAAACAAGCUGUUCGAACUGGUCCGUAUUCUAUUUGUAGGCGAGCUGGCCUUGAUAGUCUUGCAAAAAAAUUUGGUCUUACUCCCGAACAUUUUGCUGAAAAUUUGCGAGAUAAUUAUCAACGACAUGAAGUGGAUCAAGAACCAACUGAACCAUUAAUCAUUGCUAAUGAAUAUUGUAGUCAAAUACUUAAUAAUCCAGAAGAAGUAUUAAAAGCUGUUCAAUUAAUGGUAGCUAUUCAAUUAGCGCGCGAACCUUUGGUAAAAAGAUGCGUCCGAGAAAUGUAUAUGGAAAGAGCAAAAAUAUCAGUAAAACCCACGAAAAAAGGAAUUAAAGAGAUAGAUGAAAAUCAUCCAAUAUACGGGAUGAAAUAUCUGAAGAAUAAACCAGUGCGAGAUUUAGUCGGAGAUCAGUUUUUAAAUUUAAUCAUAGCUGAAGAAGAUAAAUUAAUCACGAUAACUUUAAGCGAUAGCAUCGAAGGAAAUACCAGUAACAAUUACGUUGAUGAAAUGAAACAGCUUUAUUAUCGAGACGAAUUCAGUAAAAAUGUUCAAGACUGGAAUGCAUUGAGAGUUGGAAGUGUCGAAAUAGCUCUUACACGUAUAGUUCUACCAAGUUUGAAAAAAGAAUUAAGAGCAAAUCUUAUUGCGGAAGCUAAAGAAUGCGUAAUGAGAGCAUGUUGUCGUAAAAUGUACAAUUGGAUCAAAGUUGCGCCUUAUAUCUGUGAAUUUCCAGAGGAAGAAGAUGAGGAAUGGGAUACUACGAAAGGACUUCGAGUUAUGGGUUUAGCUUAUGUUCCAGAUUAUUCUCAAGCCGCGUUUGCUUGUCUAAUUGCACCUGAUGGAGAAUGCACGGACUAUUUAAGAUUACCACAUUUGAUGAAACGGAAAAAUAGUUACCGAGAAGAUGAAAAAACCAUGAAGGAAGCUGACUUGUUAGCAAUCAGAAAUUUUAUAGCGACAAAAAAACCACAUGUUAUAGUAAUAGGCGGUGAAUCGAGAGAAGCAAUGAUGAUCGCUGCUGACAUUAAGGAAUGCAUUGCAAAUCUAGUAGAAGAAGAACAAUUUCCAAACAUUAAGAUAGAAAUUUGUGACAAUGAAUUAGCUAAAAUCUACUCAAACAGUAAUAAAGGUAUAUCCGAAUUUCGGGAUUAUCCGGAAUUAUUGCGACAAGCUAUUUCACUAGGUAGAAGAAUGCAAGAUCCUUUGGUAGAAUUUUCUCAAUUAUGCACUGCUGAUGAAGAAAUUUUAUGUUUAAAGUAUCACAGUUUACAAGAUCAAUUGCCAAAAGAUGAACUUUUGGAUAACUUAUAUUUAGAAUUUGUGAAUCGCGUAAACGAAGUCGGUGUUGAUGUGAAUAAGGCGGUACAACAAGCUUAUUGCGGAAAUUUAGUUCAAUUCGUGUGCGGUUUGGGGCCAAGAAAAGGACAGGCAUUGAUCAAAAUGUUAAAGCAAACUAAUCAAAGAUUAGAAAAUAGAACGCAAUUGGUAACUGCUUGUCACAUGGGACCUAAAGUUUUUAUUAACUGUGCGGGUUUUAUUAAAAUAGAUACGAACAGUUUAGGAGACAGCACUGAAGCUUAUGUAGAAGUUCUUGAUGGAUCUCGAGUACAUCCCGAAACAUAUGAAUGGGCAAGAAAAAUGGCAGUCGAUGCUUUGGAAUACGAUGACGAAGAUGCUAAUCCUGCUGGAGCACUCGAAGAGAUUCUUGAAUCUCCUGAGAGAUUGAAAGAUCUUGACCUGGAUGCAUUUGCGGAAGAACUCGAGAGACAAGGUUUCGGCAAUAAAUGCGUUACAUUAUACGAUAUCAGAGCAGAAUUAAAUUGCAGGUAUAAAGAUUUACGUGUACCAUAUCAGUCGCCAAGCGCAGAACGAUUAUUCGAUAUUUUAACGAAAGAAACUCCAGAAACAUUUUAUGUGGGAAAAUUAGUAUUGGCUACGGUGAUAGGAAUAAGUCAUAGAAAACCACAGGGUGAUCAAUUAGAUCAAGCUAAUCCUGUAAGAAAUGAUGAAACUGGAUUAUGGCAAUGCCCAUUUUUGAAAAAUGAUUUUCCUGAACUGUCUGAAGUAUGGAAUCAUUUUGAUGCCGGAGCUUGUCCUGGCAAAGCUACUGGAAUUAGAUUAAGAUUAGAUAAUGGAAUAUCUGGUUAUAUUCACAUAAAAAAUUUAUCUGAUAGACAUGUUGCGAAUCCCGAAGAAAGAGUAAGCAUAGGACAAAUAAUACAUUGUCGAAUAAUAAAGAUUGAAGUGGAGCGAUUUAGCGUUGAAUGUACGAGUAAAAGCAGUGACCUCGCGGAUAAAAAUCAUGAAUGGAGACCACAAAGAGAUCCAUUUUACGACACGGAAACAGAACAAAGAGAUGCAAAAGUUGAAGAAGAUGCAAAAAAAGCGAAGCAACGUCAAACAUAUGUAAAACGCGUAAUCGUGCAUCCUUCUUUUCACAAUAUUAGUUUUGCAGAAGCUGAAAAAUUAAUGCAAACAAUGAAACAAGGAGAAGCUAUAGUUAGACCAAGCAGCAAAGGUGCCGAUCACUUAACAGUCACAUGGAAAGUUACGGAUGAAGUGUAUCAACAUAUUGAUGUAAGAGAAGAAGGAAAAGAAAAUGCUUUUUCUCUUGGUCAAAGUCUGUGGAUUGGAAAUGAAGAAUUCGAAGAUUUAGAUGAAAUUAUUGCAAGACAUGUAAAUCCUAUGGCUGCAUAUGCUUCAGAAUUAUUGGAUUUUAAAUAUUAUAAAGCAACUGUAGAAGGUAUUAAAGAUAAAGCAGAAGAUAUAUUGAAAGAACAGAAAAAAGAAAAUCCUGGAGGAAUUCCAUACAUAAUAUCUGCCGCAAAGAAUUAUCCUGGGAAAUUUUUAUUAUCUUAUCUUCCACGAACUCGAUGUCGUCAUGAAUAUGUGACAGUAUCACCAGAAGGAUUUAGAUUCAGAGGACAAAUGUUUGGUAGAGUAAACGAUUUGUUUCGAUGGUUCAAGGAACAUUUUCGAGAUCCAGUACCUGGACAAUCUACACCUAGUACUCCACGUGGCGCAAUGACAUCUAGAACACCUUAUCAUACAACACCAGGAGCAGUGAGUGGAAUGAAUCAAGAAGCUAUACAAAGAGUGGCUCAAAAUCUUCCUCAUCAUAUGUUACAUUCUUUAUCACAAGUUGCAAAUCAAACUCCACAUCAUUAUCCACCGCACACACCAGGAACUACAAGUGCCGCUGGUUAUGCUGGGGUUCAUACUUAUCCUAAUACACCAUAUACACCUUCUGGACAAACGCCUUUCAUGACACCAUAUCAAACACCACAUCAUACUCCACAUCAUCAUGGUCAACCAACUCCAAGAUAUGGGCAACAAACACCCAAUCAUCAACAAGGUCCUUUUAUUCAUCCACCUCCACCUUCGGGGAUAAGUGGACAUCACAGAUCAACACCAUCGCAUAGACCUACGCCACCUAUGUCAACACCUGGCGAUCCUAUGGAUUGGAAAAAAGCAGCAGAAGCAUGGGCACGAUUAAAAAGCGGUCCACGUGUAUCUACUUCUACUCCAAGAUACGAAGAAUCUAGAAAGACUCCUAGAAAUUAUGAAGAGUCGGUUGGAAGAACAACUCCACGAAAUAGAACUUCGAAUCGGACACCUUCGUAUAAAUCUCCUCGAGGUACUCCUCAUACCAAUUCUAGUCCUCGAAGUAUGUCUCUUAGCGGAGAUGGUACUCCUUUAUAUGAUGAAAGUUAACAAGUUCAUUGCUUUUCCAUUAUAUCAUAUCAUAAGACGUAAAAAAAAAAAAAAAAAAGAACAGAAUUUUAAAAAAAAUCACGAUUCAUAUUUCAUUGAAAAUGCUUUUACAGUUAGUUUUAUAAGUG